AAGCUUGUUAUGAGGUGUCAUUUUCUGUAGAUCAUACUGAUGACGAAUUUUUGUUGCUACUUUUAAACCGCUAAAAUAGUCGUGUGCUGGAGGGCCACUGUGGUGAAUGUGCUCCUGAGUCAUCACAAGUUUAACUCCUGAGCCAAACAUUGUAUCAUCACUCCUCUUUAGAUCUAUUUGCAUUUUCCCUCACAUGCUUACAAAAAAAAUUGGACUCCAUAGAGUCAUUCCGCCCAGCAUCGAAGAUGCAUAUCACUUAUUCUUUUCUCUUCAUCCCAUCAUUUGUUCCUUUCUCCCUCUGCCUCACCCAUUUUUGUGUUGUGCCAGAGGAACAGUGGUGCUUAUUGUCCCAUGAGCAGCACUGGGGGUCGGUUUAUGAAUGGCCUCAGGGGUAGAACAAUGCUCUGUACACUGCAGCCCUGACAUCUCCAUCUAGCAUAGAGGGAGUGGAGAGAGUGUUGGGGCAAGGUACAGGGGGAGGAGAGAUGGAAUGAACUUGACUCCAGGUUGGGUGGUACAAGGAGGUGUGAGAGGGUGAGUGUGUAGCAGGGUACGGCUGCUCUCUCUGCUGAUUAAUGCUUGCUAUUUGAUCAGAAGAGGAGGCCUGGAGUGAUUUGGUGGAGAUCUCCAAGAGAAGCAAAGCAGUGGAGCAUUCGGAGAAACAGAGCAGGAAGAAUUGAGCUUUAGCCUUCAGAAGGCCAGAGCAGAGCAGCGAGCUGGAGCUGGUAUGAGGUUAAUGGUCCUGAGUUGAACUGACACUAUGAAGUCCUUGGAACUGCUGCUGCCUUUACUGCUACUUGUACGAGAUAUACAUGCUCAAUGGAAUGUUUGGAUGCCCAGGGACAUCUCAGCCAUGACCAACUCCUGUGUGGUAAUCCCAUGCACAUUCAUAUACCCCUCAGGAGUCAGGCCAUAUAGGGGCACCCAUGGAAUCUGGUAUUUUGGCCAGCCCUAUCCACAGCUUUUCCCACCAGUGGUUUUCAAGUCUCGCACAGACAUUGUGCAUGAAAGCUACAAAGGCCGUACCAAGCUCCUAGGUGAUCUGUCGCAGAAGAACUGCACGCUGCAAAUCAGCAACCUUGGAGUUGAGCAUGCAGGGAGGUACUACUUCAGAGCCGAUCUAGGAGGAGCAAACAUCUAUACCUACCCAGAUUUCACCGAGCUCAAGGUGUUGGACCAGCCCAACAUUGACAUCCCAGAAGAAAUAGUCAGUGAUGAGAGCUUGGACUUGACUUGCUAUGCUCCAGACAACUGUCCCGACAUGUCUCCUGAGAUCCACUGGAUGUACACAGACUAUCUCCCUGAUCCUCUUUUUAGACCAGACUAUGUGGAGGAAAGCAACACAGCAGUGAUGUCUAGCACACUUACUUUCACACCCAGAGCUAUGCACAAUGGUCAACUGUUGGGCUGCAGAGUCCAUUACCCCAACACCACUUUUGUCUAUGAGCGUCUCAUCUCCCUGGACGUCAAGUAUGCCCCUCGCAAAGUUUGGGUAAAUGUCUCUCAGGAGGUCAUGGAGGGGAGCUCUGUGUUACUUCACUGUGAUGUGGACAGCAACCCUAUGCCACGGAUAUCGUGGUUUUUUGGGGAUGAAGAGCUGAUGUCGGAAACUGCCUCAAAUGCUUCUCUUUAUCUGGAGUCCCUGACUGCAGAGCAGGAAGGUGUAUACACCUGUGUAGGGGACAAUGGCUAUGGGACAAUGAAUACCUCCAUGUAUCUGGCUGUCAGAUAUCCCCCAAGAGAGCCAUUGGUGAACAAUUCUCUGGUGGUGACCGAGGACUCCUCUCUGGCUCUCCAUUGCAGCACUCAGGGAAAUCCUGUCCCUACAAUUACCUGGCUGAAGGAUGGAGAGCUGGUGGGAACCAUAAAAGCUGGAGAGCUGUCCAUACUCGAGCUUACAGAUAUCAACCCACAGGCAGAUGGCACAUACCGCUGCCUGGCUGAGAAUGAACAUGGCCGGGCCAGCAGCUCUCUAAACAUCACUGUGGAGUUUGCUCCCAUUUUCCUGGAUGAGUCCAAGUGUACCAUAGUGCGAGAGGGUGUGCAGUGUGUCUGCAUAGCGGCAGGGAAUCCUGAGCCAUCCAUAGCAUUCUAUCUGCCUGACCUCAAUGUCACCAUUAAUGAGACAAAUAGCCGUUACAACUUCUACACACAUUCGGAUGGCUAUACAUCAACUGGCAUGAUCAAACUGAGAGAGAAGGGUGACCGGGAGAACGAUGAAGACAUGGGUGUUCACGUACACUGUAGCAUCUCUAACAUUUAUGGCUCUCAGUCUAUCCAGCUGGAGCUGCAACAAGAGAAAAAAUACCUGAUGGCUGUGAUAGUGGGAACUAUUGGAGGAGUGGCAGUUAUUGCUUUUAUCAUUGCAGCUGUAAGAUAUGUGGGACAAAACAACAAAAAAGAGAAUGGCAACCCUGGGCAGGACGUGGGCUCUAGAGUGGAGAAUCCCUCCAUGUACUACAGCGCAGUCAAGAAGGACAAACAAAGUCUCAGGAAAAAAGUGCUUAAGACUGAGCUGCUGGGCUCUAAGUUUAAUUCCAUCCUAGAAGAGAGCACGGGAGAAGACAGCGAUUACCAGCAUGUUGGCUCGCCUGCAGGCAUGGAGAGGCGAGACCUGAACUUUCUCAGGCGACCCCGAGAGGGAGGAUUGGGGAGGGGGGAUGAUACCACUGACUACACAGAGAUCAAAGCCAAAUGAAUCGCGAUCCUUCCCUGAAGCCUCGACUGAAAGGGAUACAGUGGCCUCUAGUUCCCAACAAAUUCAUUUGCCCAGUUUCCUUUAAUCUAUUCCAGUUAGCCUGCCUAAAUUGAACAAAUCUAUAACUAUAUUGGCUCGGGCCCAUAUUUUAAUCUAUUUUACUGUUAAGAAGUUUUUAUGAAAAGAACCCUGUUCCUGUGUACAACCAUAUUUAGCAGCUCUCAAUCUCAUUGUUGCAUUUGGAUGUAAUGCAAUGUAGGGUCUAAACUUGCUUGCAAGGGGUGUCCCAAAUCAUUCACAUGAUUAUAUUUAUGUUGCUAUGUUAAGUACUAGUUGAAGAAGAACGGGCCUCAUUUGUAUCCCAAAUCUCUUUCACUAGUGGUCAUUCACACUGUGUCCGCAGCAAGCCGAAGCAUCAGGGAACGAGACAUGCAGCAUGUCUCGAUGUUCUAGCACUAUCUCCAACUGUGGGUUUGCAGGCAGAAUGUUUUCUCAAAUCCAGAGGAUCUCUUAGCCACUUUCUAAGUGUACCAUGAUAAGUGCUUAGUGAAAUAUGCAUUCUGUAUUUCUAAUGACAUGCCCUAAAGUGAUUGUUAGAGUGUUUUUGAGUUUGUGUGACUCUGCAAAGUAAGGGUAAGGAUAUUGUUUACGCAAUGAAUUUAUUUCACUUGGGCUAAAUGAAUGGCUGACUAAUUAUUGGUCAUAAUUAUGAUGAAGAUGUUUAGUGAUAAUUAUGAUGAUGAUGAUGUUUAGGUCAAAUAGGUACUUCUGUAGUUAACUUUUCCCUGUCAAAAGUUACAUACAAGCUUAAGGGGUGAUUAGUAGACUUAUUUGCCUUUGAAAAGUAAAAUAGUUUUAAGGAACAGUAUUGUUUGAGGGAAAGAAAUAGCAAUGCAGUUUCAGUGCUUUUGCAAUGUAGUACUAUUUUAAAGAGCAAAUGAUGUCAUAGCUCAAUUACCUUGGUUUUCUACACAUUUAAGGCACAUAGCAAAAGGAGUGGACUUUUUCACCCCACUUUGUUGUAGUCUAUUUCCUGCCAUUAUAUAACUGUGUUUUUUUUUCUUUCAACUAAGCUCGAGUCUUUUUUUUAUUUGAUAUAUUUUUAUUUAUUUAUUUAUUUUUUACAAGCUGUACACUCUAAGGGUAAAAUCAGAGUCUCAACCAACCAAAUGAAAACAGUAGAAUGCAAUCCAACACAGCCAAAUACAUAUUCAAGGCAAAGAGGAAGUCAUGUUAGAUCGGUUAAAAUGAAUACACAAAAGCACCAUAUUCAAAACUUUACUUUAGUAAAGUUUACCCAAGGGUGCUUUAAUGAAAUGUAUUAUUUACUACCCUUAAACCAUCCUCUAUAGAGGUUAUAUCAAAUUCAUCAAAAGGUACAAUGUAUGUACAUAUCUCAAAUAUUACUUAUACAACUUGAUUUUACUAAAUACUUAACACAUACAAUUACUCACCUUACAUUUGUAAAGAAUUCAUGAAAUGCAUCAAUAUGAAGGGAUAUGAAAUAUGUAAAUAUACAUAUAUUCUUUGUUGUGAAUCCUUUAACACCCAGUAGAAUGGUUUUCUUUUGGAUUUGCAGCACAGAAAUAUAAAAAAAAGGCAAUUAAUAACAGAUUUAUUUAUAAAAAUGCAUAUAUUUAGGAGAGCAUUUUGGUAGUUCAGUCUAAUUAUUCACUUUGUGUAUUAUAAAGAGUAUUUGUAAGCAUUUGACUGUGUGAUGAUAAUAACGAUGAAAUUUUGUUUUCUUAUUUAUGUAAUAAUUAAGACAGGGACUUUGCAACCCUUGGACCAAACAACAUUGUUCAGAGCUAAUCAUGCAUUUGAUUAUUUUGGGUUUUUUUUUUUUUUGGUUAAAAAACUUUCACCUUCAAUGCCAUCUUUAAAGCAAACAAAUAAAGUAAACAAGAUGGGAAAAUCA